UUUAUCUUUCUUUUACAUUUUUUCAGCCUCCCAGGACCAAUUUUCUGCAGAAUUUUCGAUCUUUUACCGGUGAAAAAGUUCGAUUUAUAUCCAUUUCAAGUGAUUUAAUCCUUCGUAUUAACACGUGGUGCUCCAAAAUGGUUUUGACGCAACAUUUACCUAGACAAUUUCGCCAAUUUUUAAGAGCUAAAGACUUGUUAUCAGUUCAAAAAGAAAGCAGACGUUUCGUUGCCAAGAAGUUCACCGAACAUAAAGAAAAUGAACAAAUUCGAAAUAUUGGUAUAUCUGCCCAUAUCGAUUCCGGUAAAACAACACUUACCGAGAGAAUUCUCUACUAUACCGGCAGAAUAAGUGAAAUGCACGAGGUAAAAGGUAAAGAUAACGUUGGAGCUACGAUGGACUCGAUGGAAUUAGAAAGACAACGAGGAAUAACCAUCCAAUCAGCUGCUACUUACACACUUUGGAAAGAUCACAAUAUUAAUAUCAUCGAUACUCCAGGUCACGUUGAUUUUACCGUAGAAGUAGAACGAGCUUUGAGAGUCUUGGAUGGAGCAGUUUUAGUAUUAUGCGCCGUAGGCGGCGUUCAAAGUCAAACUCUGACUGUCAAUAGGCAAAUGAAGAGAUACAAUGUUCCUUGUUUAGCAUUUAUUAAUAAAUUAGAUCGUUUAGGAGCUAAUCACGAAAGAGUCAUGAAACAAAUAAGAUCGAAAAUGGGUCAUAAUGCAGCUUUUAUCCAAAUACCGAUCGGUUUGGAAGGUGAAACUAAAGGCAUUAUUGAUAUUAUUAAACAACAAGCUAUGUAUUUCGAAGGCGAUUGCGGAGAUAUCGUACGAUAUGAUGAGAUCCCUCAAGAAUACCGCGCCGAAGCUAAAGAUAAAAAAAGUGAAUUGAUCGAACAUGUUGCUAAUGCAGAUGAAAAAUUGGGCGAAAUGUUCUUAGAGGAGAAAACACCUACUGAAAAUGAAUUAGUAGCUGCGAUAAGACGAUCGACACUUAAGCGUCAAUUUGUCCCAGUUUUGGUUGGAACAGCGUUGAAAAAUAAAGGUGUGCAGCCUUUACUCGAUGCAGUAUUGUAUUACUUACCUUGUCCCCAUGAAGUGGAAAAUUAUGCUCUCAAAGAGAAUCCUACGACGAAAGAGACGGAAAAGGUAGUAUUGAAUCCUGCUAGGACUAAAGAUAACCCAUUCCUAUCGUUGGCAUUUAAACUAGAAGCUGGUCGUUUUGGUCAAUUGACUUAUAUGCGUUGUUAUCAAGGCGUUCUCUCCAAAGGAGAAACAAUCUAUAACGCUCGUACUGGAAAAAAGAUCAGAAUUUCUCGAUUAGUUCGAUUACACGCCAACGAAAUGGAAGACGUCGACGAAGUCAGAGCUGGCGAUAUUUUCGCUACGUUUGGUGUAGAUUGUAGCAGCGGAGAUACAUUUGUGAGCGACAAAAGAUUAGAACUGACGAUGGAAUCCAUGUUCAUUCCCGAUCCUGUGCUUUCGAUGUCAAUCAAAGUAAACAAUUCGAAAGACCGAGAUAGUUUUGCUAAAGCUAUUCAAAGGUUCACCAAAGAAGAUCCUACUUUCCAUUACAAAUACGAUGUCGAAAGCAGAGAAACAAUUGUGUCUGGAAUGGGUGAAUUACAUUUAGAAAUUUACGCUCAACGCAUGGAACGAGAAUAUAACUGUCCGGUUACGUUAGGUAAACCUAAAGUAUCGUUCAGAGAAACCGUUUUAGCUCCCUGUGAAUACGAUUACUUCCAUAAAAAGCAAUCCGGUGGUGCUGGACAAUACGCUCGAGUGAUUGGAAUUUUAGAACCUUUACCUGCGACUCACAACACUAAACUCGAUUUCGUCGACGAAACCGUUGGUACAAAUGUACCCGCAUGCUACGUUCCUGCCAUUAUGAAAGAAUUUAUCCGUAUGAGCGAAGUCGGAGGUCCGGUUACUGGAAGCAGAAUAUCCGGAGUACGAUUCAGACUCCAAGAUGGUGACAGCCAUUGCGUAGAUUCGUCCGAUCUCGCUUUCCAACUUGCUACCGAAGGAGCUAUGAAAGAUCUAUAUAGGGAUGCUAACUGGCAACUGUUGGAACCGAUUAUGACUGUAGAAGUUGUCGCGCCGGUCGAAAGUCAAGGUUCUGUCAUGGGUAUGGUCAGCAAGAGAAGUGGUAUUAUUGUGGCCAACGAACCCGGUCUGGAGUGGUUUACUAUCGUCGCUGAAAUACCUUUAAAUGAGAUGUUCGGAUUUGUCGGUGAACUUCGAUCGAAUACCCAAGGUAAAGGAGAAUAUACCAUGGAAUACGCGAGAUAUUCGCCGACCCCGUCUUCAAGGCAAGAGAAACUACAUACCGAAUACCUAGAAAGCUUAGAAUUACAGACGCGACAACAAAAGAAGAAAAAUUAAAAAUGAUGGUUUGCACCAUUUAAGGAAUGGCCAUUUAAUUGGGGUUUACCACCAUCCGCCAGUAACUCGUCAGCCUGUGAUCUGAUUUCGUUCCAGGCGAAAUUAAUAUCAGCCUCUGUUGUCAAUCUGCUACAAACUACAAAGCGUAUUAUGAGCUGUCCAUUUACGGUCGCCACAAUCGUGUAAAUAUUCCUUCUGAGCAUUAGUCUAUUGUGUAAUUCUUCAGUUAGCUUGUUGUCGCCCUACACAUCCCGGAAGAAAGUCAUCGUAUUAGAUUCUAUUCUAAAUUUUCUCAUCAAUUGUGAUACGAAAUAAAUGUUACUGUGUUGUUGA